AUGAAGGCUCGAUUUAUAGUUAGCCUGGUUGUAUCACUCUUAAUAGGUGUGUCAUAUGCUCACAGUAUUAAUAGUGCAGUUUCCUCGUUGCUUGACAAGGAUUUCUCACUUGUUGAGUUAACUCAACAGACGAGCUUACCAGCUACAUGGUCAAUUGGUGAGGGUGCUGAAUUCAAGGAUGGUAGGAUUAUUUUGACUUCGGACCAGAAUCCAAAGGGCUCCUUAUGGCCCAAAAACAAUUAUGACUUGAAAGACAGUUUCACUAUCGAAUGGACUUUUAGAAGCAAGCUAUUUAGGGGUGAGAGUAACGGAGGUAUUGCAUUUUGGGUUGUUCAAGAAGGUCAUGAUAAUAAAAAACUCUUCGGUGGUCCUUCAACGUUUGAUGGUUUACAGCUUCUUGUAAGUAGCAUUGAACACGGAGGCACAUUUUCUGGGCAACUGAAUGAUGGUGCUGAGGUUUCUGUGAACGAUAUUCUAGACAAGUCUUUUGGCUCAUGUUUGUUUGCAUACCGUGACUCUGAUGUACCUACAACGGCCAGACUAAGUUAUGAUUAUGAUAACACAUUAUUGAAGUUGCAAGUUGACAAUAAAGUCUGUUUCCAAACCAAGAAGAUUAAAUUUCCUGAAGGCAAGUAUCGAAUUGGUGUGACGGCAGAUAACAGCAAAACUUCUGAGUCUUUCGAGUUAUUGAAAUUCAAUGUUUAUUCUGGGCUCACAGAUGGAGCCAUGCUUCCAAACAUCAAUGCGAUGCCGCAACCGCAUACGAUCACAAAAAUAAUUGACAAGGAUACUGGUAAGGAAAAGCUAGUUGAGACAUCAUCAUUUGAACUCUCUGGUAUUGAGGUUACCAACUUAAUGCUUUACCAAAAAAUUGAUAAGUUGGAAGGGAAAGUAUUAGCUAACGAUAUUGGAUAUUUAAUAAAGAAGGUUGAAGAAUUGGCGAAUUUACAGAGAGAAAAUGCUAUAAAAACCGAGCUCGUGCUAAAUUCUUUCGAAAGAUUUAUCGAAGCUAGUAAAAAUGGGGAAGGUAAAAAUAUUAUUGAUUCAGAAGUUUUCCAGGAGUUCAUCAAUGUCAAUGCAGAUCUCAAAGGAUUAUUAGAUACUCAGCAACGUGAGAGGGAAGGUAUAAUGCAUCGAAAGACUCUAGAAGUUUCAGGGCCACAUGUCGAUGAAAUAAUUGCAAAAUUAACCAUUUGGCUAAUUCCUUUAGGUAUUCUAAUGUCUAUCAUGGCAUACUAUACUUUCAGGAUUCGUCAGGAUAUCGUAAAGGCGAAACUACUAUAG